CAACUUGUUAUACGGCGAACUGCAUCGUGGCCAUGCCGCUGGCUUCCUUCAGCGCCCACCCGUGCGCGCGGCAUGGUUUGCCCGAAUGCGUCUUGGAGACCGACGCCUUGGAAGGGAAGACUGAUUUCUUGCAGCAGCUGGAGCCGCUGCCUGAGGAGGUCCCGGCAAAUCUGGAGUUCGCCGCAAAUGCCCCGCCUAACUUUGAGAAGGUGUUGCCCAAGGCCAAAGAUGUCACGGCGCUCGAAGCGAAGGUGGCUUACGCCUACGUAUCCAGCCCCACGUUGGCCAAGCAGAUCAACAGGCUGAUGCGGGCCCAGAGUUGGACGGCCCUCGCCUCGGAGUAUGGGCUGUUGGUGAAGUUGCUGCUGAAGUACAUCGCCAAGGUCGAGAAGGCUUACGCGGCCAAGCGCACCCUCUAUAGGGGCAUGCGUUUGCCCGAGUACCACCUGAAAGACCAAUACCCCGUGGGUCGCAUUGUGACCUGGCAUGCCUUUGCCAGUGUCACCACCGACCGCCAGCUGGCAGAAUGCUACACUUGCGAAGAUUACGACCGGGGCUUCUUUGCCGACGGGGUGCCAGUUGUGUUCGUGAUCAACACCUUCAGCCGGGGAGCAAUACUCGGCAACUGGACACCCUACGCCUCGCAGCAUGAGCUGCUGCUGGCGCCCUUCCUCUGCUUCCGGGUGGUCUCCGCCAGCUUGGAGAAGCGGAUCUGGGUGGUGAAGCUGGAGGUGGUGAAGCUGCGCUGGGGGGAGACGGGGAACCGCCUCGUGCUGCUGCACCCUGGGAGUAUGCCCUGGGCGACACCGCAGAAGGAGGUGCUGUCGGAGCUGGAGGAGGACUGCGAGGAGGUGCUGCAGAAAAAGCUGGACCCCCCAGGCGCCUUGCUGCUCACGGUGUUUGUUGUCGUGCUCAACGGCCUGUUGCUGUUCCUGUAUGUCGCUGGAUACGACUUGGACGACUUCUCCAUAAGCUAGCACCAGCAAUGUCACUGCCUCCUCCACAAGCAUCCAAAAGCCACGGCAUCGACGAGUUGCAGACAGAAGGAGCACGUGGAAGACGCAAUGCAGGAGCAGUACUCGCCAGUUGGCCGUGUCUGACCAGGUCGAGACGCAGAGCGGCAGAUGUGGGAGGCCAAUGCUCCGUCA